CAUUCGCGGGCUUUCUACUUCAAACUGAAUAUGAAUUAAUGUCAUAACAAAAAAUAUGGGAUCGAAGUUACGGAAAUAAGUGUAUUUUUAUCCAGAUAUUAAGUGAUAAAACAUAAAUAUUACCUCCAACAUAUAUUUACAUCGCUCUGUUUCUAUCAGUUAUUAUUGAAUACCUAUGUAAAACAGUAUUAAUUCUUUACCAUGUCGUCGCUUUUAUCAGCUGAGUUGUCAGCAACUUGCAAUGCUUUAGGAACUUUCGACAAAAGAACAGGAAAAUACUUAAUAGAUGAAUUUACUCUAAAUACUGUAAAAGAUUUAGUGCGAUACUUACGACGAGAUGGGGAGGAUCAUGAAAUACGCCAACAUUUUGGUCAAACAAAAGUGUUACAAACUGAUCUUCUUCCUAUGCUAAUAGACCAUUGGGAAAACACAGAAUUAUUUGAUGUUACGCUAAGGCUACUGGUGAAUCUUACAAAUCCUGCACUUUUAUUGUAUCGGGAGGAAAUGCCUGUGGAACGCACUGCUCGACACAACUACCUGCAAAUAUUAUCUCACUUGCAAUCAUACAAAGAAGAAGCAUUCACCAAAGUUGAGACAUGGUCUGUGUUUGCUAAAAAGCUUGCAAAGAUAUUGGAAAUUGAUUGGAGUGAACGAGAUGAAGAUACAGGAUUGGUAAUAGAAAGAAUCUUGAUUCUCAUUAGAAAUGUGCUGCAUACACCUGCUGAUCUUGAUAAAGAGAGGAGGCCGGAUAAUGAUGCUAGUAUCCAUGACCAGGUACUAUGGGCAUUAAAUCAAUCGGGUAUCUUAGACAUUAUCCUGUACAUGUCAUCAGAAAAUGAGAAGCAGUAUUUUAUGCAUAUUUUGGAGAUCAUAUCUCAUCUACUGAGAGAACAGAACCCCUCGAGUUUAGCUGAUGCUGCUUUGCAGAGGAGUGUUGAUGAGAAACUGAGAGAUGAACAGGAACUGCUCUUAAUCAGGACAACGGAGAACAGAGAAAGACUAAAUAAAGUUAAACAAUAUUCAGCCUCAAGACAUUCACGUUUUGGCGGUACAUAUGUUGUUAAAAACAUGAAAUCUAUAUCUAACAAUGAAUUGAUAUGCUUGAAACCACUGAACAAAAUAGCCAACUUGGAUUUCAAUGGCAGUAAGAAGUCUAAGUAUGUUAAACCAAAAAAUAGGAGGCCUGUAGAGAGUGGAAUACUUGAAAGAAGAUCAGCAUUCGCUGUCAGAUUAUUCCUGAAAGAGUUUUGUAUAGAAUUUCUGAACAGCUCCUACAAUCCUCUCAUGCAUUAUGUCAAAGAUGUCUUGGUUAGAGCCAAGGCGCAGCAAAAUGAUGAAUCCUACUACUUGUGGGCAGUCAAGUUCUUUAUGGAAUUUAACAGGGGCCAUCAUUUCCAAGUAGGCCUUGUCAGUGAAACCAUGUCAGUGUCCAUGUUUCAUUACGUGCAGCAACAAAUGGAGAAGUACUAUGAUAUGAUCAAGGUUGAAAAGAAAAAGUUCUCUUCUUGGGUCCGACGACUGCACUUAUCUCUAAGGGCUUAUAAGGAACUUCUCAAUACGUUGUUAGCUAUGGAAAAGAGCACUGACUCAAGUGUCAAAGAAUCAGCAAAAGUAUUGAAAAGCAACAUAUUUUACGUUUUAGAAUAUAGAGAAUUCAUUCUCAGCAUAUUCUUAAAUUAUGACGAAAAUAAAAUGCCAAGAUCUUAUUUAGUUGACUUGGUAGAAACAGUCCAUUUGUUUCUCAAAAUGUUGGAACACUACUGUAAGAAAACAGGAUUGGUUGUGCAGAAAAAAGUCAGAAAGAAAAAAUCUAAAAAACAAAAGCCGCGUAAGUCUACGGCGGCAGUGACGACGCCUGUAGUAGAAGUGCCGGCGUGGGAAGAAGUGAGACCACAACUGGCCACGGUGCUGAGCGCCGGCGUCGAUGAACACCCACCACCCUUUGAUGCCGCUUCCGACGUCCCCAUAGACCAACAGAAGGAAGACUGCAUGAAAAAUAUUCAGAAGUUAAUGCGUGGUUAUAAAUUCGAAGACGCCGUUGGAAUGUUCAGAGCUGCAAGGGAAGUAUGGCCUGAAGAAGGAAUUUUUGGCGUAAGUGGUAUUGCGGAAGAUGAAGAGCUUGACAUGUUAGAAACAAUCUAUAACACCGAUUUGGGAGUAGAAAUCACUGCUCCACCAGCGGAAUCUAACGAAAACGAAGAAAAUACUGAUUACGAUGACGAAGAGGAAGAAGAAGAGGAACGUUCAGCGGCUAUUGAGGAAACAGAUUUCGAUUUCAAAGACUUCGCUUUAAGGUUUUGCCACCCUAGAGUCAUAAGCGCGUGUGUAUAUCUGUUGGAGCGGUAUGACAAGAACUUGCCGCAUACAAACCACUGCGCUAUCAAGAUGUUGCAUCGCGUUGCCUGGGACUGCCAGCGACCCUCCAUGAUGUUCCAGGCCACUCUGUUCCUUAUUUUCCAAAGGGUGCUUGCAUACCCUAUGCCAAUGUUCAAGGAAUUAGAAAAGUUCGCCAUUUUUAUACUAAGAAAAUUUACGGAGGUUGCGUCCAAAAGCGAAAAAGUAUUUAUAGAAUUGCUUUUCUGGAAGAAUCCUAAGGAUUGUGCUGAAAUAGAACAUGGAUACACAUUAUAUACGGAUCAAAAAGACAAGCCGGGGAAAGGGGCCUGGUCUGAGGAACAGGAAGAGGAACUCCGCAACCUGUACAUGGAGAACCAAAGUAAUCCAGAAAACGAUCAAGACGUUAUCGACUGGAUCUUGGACAACCUGAUAGACCAAACGCGCACGCGCCGCGGCGUGAUCACCAAACUGAAAGAGCUUGGCCUCAUCUUCCACGCGCCAACCAAGCGCAGCAACAAGGAGGCUGCUAGGGAACGAGUACCGAAGGAAUUUAGCGAAGAGGAGGAUGAGCAACUGAAGGCUUUGUGGGAUCAACACCGGGAAUCCGAAGACCCAAUGGGUGAAAUAAUGUGUCUCAUGCCGAGAAAACGUUCGAAACGAAGUUUCGUCGCCAGACUGGUGGAACUAGGAGUCGUGUACGACAAGAAGGAAUGUCGCAAAAAGAGAAGCAAGAAGGCUAAAAGCUCCGGCGACGACAGAGAUAACUCGCCCGGUAAUUCGUCUGAUUCGCAACCCGACCAAUCAGACGGAGACGACGGCCGCAGAUCUAGGUCGCCGCCCACUACAAAGAAAGUUAAGAGAACUGGAAAGAAAACCAGACCUUCAAAGAAUAAAAAGGAAAAGGCUUUUACACUCAGUGCUAACGAAAUUGCUAAGCUUUUGGUACGAGCUGUGGAUGAGGAUUUCACGGAGGGCCUAAAGUGGUUGGCCGAGAGUCUAGAAGAAGUGGCGCUGGACCAAGAGGCGGACGGGUUCAAUUCCAGCGCACCCGACACGCCUCUCGUGCCGAUAUCUAGCGAAGCUGUUAGAGCUAUGGAGAGUGGAUUGUUCAGACAAGUACUGGAGGGUGUGGGACUACAGCCGCCGCGAAACGAACAGGAAACGUAUUGGAGAAUACCUAGUGAAUUGCACUUCGAUACUAUUAGGAAGCGAAGGGAAAUAAUUGUUAAAGCUAUUAACAAAGAGCUAUUGAUGGACACAACGUCAAUCAAUGAAGAAAAUAAUGUUAAGGAUUCAACAAACAAACAAAAGGAUGAAUCGAGUGACGACGACGAUCUUUUCGAUAACUUGAGAAAACUCCGUGAAAAUAGUGACUUUUCCAACGAGAGUCAGAGAGCUGACGUCACAUUGAAUCGCAAACGAAGCCGUAGCGUCGACCCAGAGGACGUAAUCAACAAGGCAAAAAUGCAGAAAAUAGAUGAAAAAGACGAAGGUGACGACGAUGAUUUUCUGUCAUUUGCUAAGAAAACUCUCCAGCACGAAGACUUGCCUGACACUGAAGAUAUUCUUAGUAGCAUACAAAAAUCGAUGAGCGAUGUCAGUGACAACGAAGAGGAAGUUUUGCUGGCGAAACCUGACAAGAAGAAACGCCGUGCUAUUUUUGAUGACGACUCUGACUAAAUCUGUUUUUUCUUUUGUAAAAUUAGCGGUGUAAAUAAUGAAUAUAAUUAUUUUAAUUUUGAAAUUAAAUGUUUUCUUUACAUCA